UAAAUGUACGUUAACUUACCAUUUUCAAUUUGACAAGCAAACAGUAGUCACUGUUUUUCAUAAGAUUUUAACACUUUAAAAACUUUUAUUCUUUUUCCAAAUAUGUGUCUCUAUACAAUAGUAUUUUAUUUGCUUGCAGGAGUAUCACAAAUUCAGUCUACAGAUCUGUUAGCAGAUAGUUCAUUAUCUGUAGCUGAACAUUUAAAGAAAAACUUGACACAGCUGCAUUCGGACUUCGAAUUGAAAUUCAAUGACCUUUAUACUAAAGCGCUAUCGUCAUUUCGUGCAAAGAUAUACAAUAUGACUUCAGUAUCUGAACUCCAGAAAAAAUUACAAGAUAAACACAUGGACCGGUGUUUGGUAUUAUUAGACGAUAAAGUCAAGUUGUUUACAAAAACUUCAUUCUAUGAAAGAUUGCUAGUGGAAGAAUCUAACAUUAGAGAUCUAAAUAGAAAAAUUGGGAUCGCUAUGAAUGUUGCAAAAAAUAUAGAAAGUAAAAUGUCAUAUUACAAGAACUUAUGUGAAACAAGAAACCGCGAACAUUGCUACACUCUUACAAACUACGCCAGUAAACUACAACGUUUGACUGACAUUGUAAAUAAUCUUCGUACUGAUUUGGAUAAAAUGGACGCUAUCGAAUUUGUCAAGCUCUUGAAAUCUGACAUAACGAAUUCAGUAAGUUCAAAAGUAAUAACUCCUACUGAAAAUUGCAUGACACCAAACGCUGAAGGAAAUUCUGAAGACCUCAAUAUUGUUAGCUAUGCUAUCAAUUCAGAUGAAUUGGAAGAUCCAUCAUGUCCAUAUUAAAUUUGACAACUUAAUGGGAAACAAAAUCUAAAUUGUAAUUUUGUUUGUGAACAUAUAAUAAAGAAGUUCAAAUAAACUUUUGACGAACAGUAUAAUGUA